CUCAUAAUAUCCGGUUUGUCCUACAAACCGCCAUAUCCGGACAGGGCGGAAAUAGGUUUAAUCGCUAUAAGACGUCAGGAAUGAACUGUUUUAACCCAGCUGUCACGGUUGACGAAUACCUCGCGGAGACUAAUGUGCUGUUUUACCUGAGUGAUGCUUUGGCUCAGCUGCUGGAACACAAAGAAGAAUACACCAAUGUUGGCGUCACCCGCUACUUUGCCGAAUAUUUCAGCAGCGUGAAGAAUAGUAACCACAUCCUCUUCAGGGAGUUUAACUACAUCAGGGCCACUCCUCAUAACAGAGCUUCAUUCAUCAGAGUCUUCUGGAGGUGCUACAGACAAAUUGGCAAGAGUGGAGAUAUGCUGUCCAUGUUGGAGUAUAGCUCCCUACUUCAAUUACUAUGCCCAGACUUCCCAGUGGAGAUAGUAAAGAGUGCUGCCAGAAUUGCCUUGAUGAAUGAGGGCGCAGACUGCUUGAUGUCUUUCUCGAACUUCCUUUACGCCUUCCAACUGCAGUUUUACUACCAAGAAUUCCUGGACAGUGUGCUGCUGAUUUACCAGGACCUGUUGGCUGGAAAGAGUCCAAACACUGUCAUAGUUCCCACAUCAGCUUCUGUCGAACAACUUCCUUGCUUGGCCUUAGAGGAAAAACGGGAUCUUGAGAUUGAGGCUUCCACUCUGGCUGGAUGCAUCGAUGCCCUCUGUGACCGCUUCAGACACAGUCAUCCUCCCAGGUCAUGUUUGAAAGACGCACUAGAGGAAAGUGGCAAGGUGGCGUACGACAGCUUACUGAGGAGCCUGGCCAAACAUGAGAUCAUAAACCAAACCAUUGGAGCAUUACCGAGCAAGACCGAGGUACUAAUUGACCAGGAUUUGGACCAGGAACUGGACAAACUCAUCGCUCAGAUCUCAGUCAGUCCCAGCAGCAACAGCAGCGGCAGCGCGGUGGGGAUGCUGAAGGAGGUCCAGAGGAAGGCCUCCCCCAGGAGAAACAUCCACCACAGGAGGAAGAUGGAGGUGGAGAGUGACGGCUCCACGGAGGAGACGGACUCCUCUGAGAACUGAGCCUUUCACGCUUGAAUCGUGUGACCUUUGACUCGCCUCUCUAAACUCACACUUCAGCUUCAUUUAUGGCAGAAUAGUGACGAGGAAGUCAACCUUUUAGAAUGAGGACUUAAAUCACUUAUUUAUUUACGCCCCUGCACACUGAACGGUACAAUAUAGUGCUUUAUUUAUUUCCUGACACGUAUGGAGAUCCUCAUUUACAUAAAACCCUUGAUUAUUCGAGAUGUACAGUAACUGAAACUGACUUGAGAUUUCUCAUAUUUGCUGGAAAAUGGAAGCUUCUAAAGUGCGCCAUGCUUGAAUCAUUUCAACAUAUGCAGUUGUAAAUGUGAUUUAUUGACAAGUGUAACCAUCAUCAACAUCAAUAACAUGCAGUGUUUCCUCGGGAUUUUGGUCAAACAUAUAUAGAAUAUUAGCUUCUAUACAUACAUACAGUCUCUUUACAUGAUGUAUAUUAUUAAUUAUGUACAUUAGAUCCCUCCCUAAGAUGCGGAAAUCAAAGAGGUGAAAUAAAAAGCCACUUUCUGGUGCACACAAACAUCCACUGGCACAUGAGGAGCAACUGACAUGGAUUUGGACUUAUGGUUCAGAUUUGUUGUCAAUAAUUCAAAGAAAUAUCCACGUCAGCCGUCUUAGCUGAAACGGACGUCACACAGAAAAAUAAGUAGGCACUCUUUAGUAUGAAAUAUUUCAGUGUGUAUUACAUGCUUCAAUCUAAACAUAAAUGAAAGUAUUACCUGGUACGUCUAAUAUCUGAGUGGAGGUGAGUGAAGGCAGGGAGAAGUCAAUAUUUUGAUUAGAGCUGUCAAAAAUAAGUUCACUCGGAUGAUGAAUCACAAAGAAAUAUUGCAUUAAUGUGUAUACGCAGGAUUUAUUUUACUUCUUUGCCGUAACCGCGGAUGGUUACAUGAAAGGCUGAGGGUUGAUGCACUUCAAAAUAAGCCCCGGCUGGACUUCAGAUAAAACUGUUGGCGAAUUUUGAACAAAUAAAUGUAGUGCAUUCAAGUAGUACAUUUAAAGAUGUUCCUGUAUGACAUUCUGACAAUAAAAUUGAAUCCGUGUCUAAAUAUUGGGCUCUUUUUUUAAGGUCAUUUAAAUCACGCAAGUGAGUACUUGCCUGUGAUUAAUCAUGAUUCAUCCAAAUUCAAAAGUGGUUAAUCUGAUUUCAGAAUC